AUGAGGAAAUUGCGUAUAGUAAUUGACAGUCUUAGCAAUGGCAGCGUGACUGUGCUCUUCCACAUGGUGAUGCCUGUGCAACAAAACUUAACACGAACAACGGUCUUCGAUGCUUUAAUAAAAGCCCUGAACAAAAGCGCUCUGGGGCGAGUGGACUUCAACAGCACUUUUGUAGAAGCAGGAAACAUCUGUGAAACAGUAUCAAAAGUCUGUUCUGAACAUGCCUCAUGCAUCCGUGAAGAGGCAACUUAUUCCUGUAAGUGUAAAGAUGGAUUCUAUGACAACAGUCCCCGUGUACCAGGGAGAGAUUGCCAAGACAUAAAUGAAUGUGCUACUAAUGCAUCAUCAUGUUCACGCUUGGCCACAUGCAACAACACUGUAGGAAGUUAUGAAUGUAACUGUAAUCCAGGAAUAAAAGAUGAGAAUCCGACAAAUCCUGGAAGACAAUGUAAAGAUCCUGUUCUCUGCUUCAGCAGCGCUAACCUUUGCUCAACACAAAAUAAUGACUGUCUUGAUUCCAAAAAUCGGAUAUGCUCAAGUAAACAAGCUUUUGCUUGUGAAAUUUUGUUCAAAAACUUGGUGUUUGGUCCUGAACUUUAUAACUCUGAAAGCCAAAGGUAUCAGAAUUUGUCCCAAAGCAUCACAACAGACGUUGUUAAACAAAUGCGAAUCAGCCUGAGAGAUGACAGCUUUGAUAUCAUAGUGGUUGGAUUUAGACCUGGGAGUGUGAUCGCCUAUUUUGUUUCUCUACUACAAGAACAACAGUACAUUGAUGCAAAUACUCUUCAAGCAAAUUUAAGUAAAAUAGUAAAGAAUGUGUUUGGUAAUGAAACUGAAGUAACUGUACAAUCAAUCCCAACAUCUUCUGAAACAAAUCUGGCCUGGAAAACAGCGGUGAUUGUCCUUGGAGUUCUACUUGGAGUUGCAUUAAUACUUACUUUGCUGGUACUGUCAGUGUGCCUUUGGAUGAGGUCUACAGCUGGUGAAUAUUGGCUUGAACCUAAAGGACUUAUGGGAAAUUUUGCCUACCAAUACUUAUAA